GACCUGGCUCGCAAUCUCUGUUCCAGUUCUUCCCAAAGGUGAUCAUGGGGAUGAGGUCAGAGCUCUGUGCGUGCCUGUCAAGUUCUUCCACACCAAACUCAUCCAACCAUGUCUUUAUUGACCUUAUUAUUGCCAUUUAUAAAGCGCCAACAGAUUCUGCAGCGCUUUACAAUAUUAUGAGAUAGGGGAUUUAACUAUAAAUAGGACAAUUACAAGAAAACUUACAGGAACGAUAGGUUGAAGAGGACCCUGCUCACAUGAGCUUAGUUCUGUAGGAGGUGGGGUAUAAAACACAUUACGACAGGAAAUAGCAAUCAAAUAAGGUGGGAGUGAAGCAGAGCUGGAGGAGAGAAUAAAGUGCUGCCCUUUCGGAGAGAGCAAGAGACAGGUAUGUGAAGUAGAGGUUAUUCUGGGAGGCCAUAAGCAUACCUAAAGAGAUGGGUUUUAAUGCACUUCUUAAACGAUUGAAGACUAGGGGAGAGUCUGGCGGUAAGCAGGCUAUUCCAUGGGAAGGGAGCCGCCCGCGAGAAGUCCUGCAAGCGUGAGAUGGCUGUACAGUUGCGAGCAGAGGACUGGAGAAGGUCAUGGGCAGAACAGAGAGACAGAGAAGGGGCAUACCUAUGGAUCUAUGAAGAGAUAUGAGGGGCUAGAAUUGUUCAGUGCUUUUAUAAGUAUGGGUUAGCACUUUGAAUUGACUCCUAUAGGAUACAGAAAGCCAAUGUAAGGACUGACAGAGGGGUGAGGUGUGAGAGGACCAACUAGAAUGGAAAACCAGUAGAGCAUGGACAAGCUCCUUGGUAGCAUCUUGUGUAAGAAAGGGGCGGAUGCAGGCUAUGUUUUUAAGAUUUAAUCUACAGGAUUUGGCAACAUACUGGAUGUAAAGCUCAAAGGUGAGGCCAGAAUCAACUAUGAUGCCAAGACCAUGCACUUGCAAGGAUGGACUUAUGUGGAUACCACUAACUUGAAAGGAAAGCGAAAGAGUAGAAUCGGUAUUAGGAGGAGGAAAGGCAAGGAGUUCAGUUUUAGAGAUUGAGUUUCAGAAAGCGGGAGGACAUCCAGUCAGAGAUGGAAGAAUGGCAAGCAAUGACAUGUUGCAGGACGGCAGGGGAGAGGUCCGGGGAGGAGUGAUAUAUCUGGGUGUCAUCAGCGAACAGGUGUUAGUGGAAUCCAAAUUAGGUAAUAAGUUUGCCAAGAGAGGCAGUAUAAAGAGAAAAUAAAAGGGGACCAAGGACAGGAGGUAUCAUUAGAAAAGGAGAAUCUGGAUGACUGUUGGGAGAGAUUAGAGGAAAACCACAAGAGCACAGUGUCAGAGAAACCGAGUGAUUGAAGAGUUUGAAGGAGACCAUGAUCAACUGUGUCAAAGGCAGCAGAGAGGUCAAGAAAAAUAAGUAUGGAGUAGUGGCCUUUGGAUUUAGCUGCGAUUAGGUUGUUAGUAACUUUGAUAAGAGCAGUCUCAGUAGAGUGGAGAGGGCGGAAGCCAGAUUGAAGAGGGUCAAGGAGAGCGUUGGAAGUGAGGAAGUGAGACAUACGGAUAAAGACAAGUCUUUCCAGAAGCUUUGAGGAACAAGGGAGCAGGGAUAUGGGUCGUUGGAGGGGGAGGACCGGUCAAGAGAUGUUUUUUCAGGAUAGGUACUACAGUGGCAUGUUUAAAGUCAGCAGAGACAACACCAGAAGAGAGCAGUUGAAGAUGUGUUAAGGAAGGCACAUGACAGGGGGAGAGAGAUCUGAUAAGGUGAGAUGGGACAGGAUCGAGUGGGCGAGCGGAAAGGAGAAACUCAGCCACCUCUUGUUCAGUAGCUAGGGAAAAAGUCUGAAGGGUAGGAAAGUCAUGAUCUACGUGUGUUUGAGGAAAGUGAGCGGCAAGGUGGGGUGAAUUAUUUUCUUAGCUCUUCAAUCUUGUCGGUAAAGUAGCAUGCAAAGCAAUCGGCUGGAAGGUUAGUUUGGGGGGUGGCCACAGCAGGGUGAAGAAGAGAGUUAAAGGUGUCAAAGAGACGCCUGUGAUUGCAGGAGCAUGAAUUAAUGAGAGAGGAAAAGUAUGACUGGCGAGGGCAAGGGCUGCGCUGUAUGAACACAAUAUGAAUCUAUAAUGGAGAUAGUCUUCCCAGGUGUGAGACUUCCUCCAGGAGCGUUCAGCACAACGGUAGCAUCUUUGCAGGUAGUGUGUUGAUUUAUUAUGCUACGGUUGGGGGCUUGUCCUCCUCGAGGUGCAUGUUUGGAGCGGGUCUGCAGAGUUCAAGGCAGAGGUGAGGGUAGUGUUAUAUGUGCAGAUGGCCAGUGAGUGACAGGAGAGGGUAGGCAUGGAUAGUUGUGAAUCAAUUUCAGCUGACAGCUGCUGGAGGUCAAUAGAAUUAAGGUUCCUCCUGAGUGGAGGGGGAUUAGGCUGAGGUUGUUGGGUGAUGGGUUACUUGAGAGUAAACGAUAAGAGGUAGUGAUCAGAGAGAGGAAAUGGAGUGUUGCAGAUAUUAUAUACUGUACAUGCAUAAGAGAAAAUGAGGUCAAUGGUAUUGCCAGCUACAUGGGUGGGAGAGUUAGCCCACUGUGAUAGCCUGAGGGAGGAAGUAAUUGAAAGUAGUUUAGAGGCUGCUGAGGUCAAAGGUGGGUUAAUGGGAAUAUUGAAGUCCCCAAGAAUUAGGGAUAGAAUAUUAGAAGAGAGGAAAUGGGGUAGCCAGGCAGCAAAGGUGUUUCAAAGCUGUUGCAUACAGCAAACACAGACUCAAAGGAAUCCAUGUUUAAAAUGGAAUGAGGCAAAAAUAUGAUUCUUUGUUAAACAAAUUUGCAUAUGCCCACCCAGAAUGCGGUAGUAACUUCACUGCAGAUUUGCGAUUUCUGUGGGAAAAGCAAGUCUUAUUGCUUGACUGUAAAGAGUGCCCACUAAUUGACUUAAUAAAGGAAGCGAUGGGUGGGCUGCGCUAGGUGGUCUAAGCCCUGUGAAAGCCUAUGACUCAGCCAUCUUAAAAUAUUAAUUUUUAAUAUUCACUUUGUUGAGAAUCCUUUGCAAGCAUUGAUUGCUUGAAGUCUGGAACACCUAGACAUCACCAAACAAUGUGUUUCCUCUGUUGUGAUUCUUUGCAAGGCCUUUACUACAGCUGUCUACAGUUGUUGUUUGUUCAUAUGUUUUCAUAUGACUAUUUUCUUAAGCAAGUUAGAUGAAUAUUUUAAUUCACUACAAAGUUAUUCCCCACAUGGGUUUUGUUUUUAUUUGGUACCAUGACAACCAGCCUGUGGAUAUGUGCAGCAGCUAUAGUUAUCGAUAUUUUUUUAAUUUUAUUUUUGGCUUAUACUUGACACCUGCUUAGGUCAUGUGAUUUUGAGUUUCAUGAGGGUUUGUGAGUUGGUAAGUUCACUUGUUUAUAUCUUUAUUGGUGUACAGUCUACUGUCACAAAGUAUAAAUUGUUUGUAUGUAUUAUUUUAGCUCUGUCCUGAUAAGUUUUUUGCUGUAAAAACUGAAACGUUUUUAUUUUACAAUUUUCUGUUUAAAACUUUGCUUUUGUUUGCGGACUGUGCUAAUUUUCAAGGGAUUUAUUCCUCAUUCAGCCUUGCCAUUGCUUGAUUUGGCUGCAGAGUGCUGAGAGGAUCAAGUGGAUGCCUUUCGUUUUGCAACUGGGCACCAAAAGAAUACUCCAGCCUGUCACGAGGGCAGACCACAAGGAAUUGUGCUCUCCACUGAUUCUUGAAGAAGCCUAACUCUGAACUCCCAUUGUACCAGUUAUCACAAGCUCACGACAUAGGUAGAUCUCAAAGGCUACAGACAUCUGCAGCAAAAGACACCUGAGAUAUUGGGACUGUUCCAAUGUACACUGUGGACAAGGGGCAUGGAGUCGGCUGAUUCAGAGGCCUACAUUCUCCCAUCCGAGGGUGGUAAAGAUGAUGGGGACCUCGCCACCCAUCUCCACACACCUGUGAUCCCAGUCAUGGAGGACUCUGUGAGCAGAACCCCCUCUAGAACAAGGCAUUCAAAAUCUAUUUGGACAUUCAAAGGUUGUUCACGGCCGAUUUGGCAGUGAUGAAAUCUGAAGUGCAGGUGGUCACCCUCGCGUCAGAGCCUCGGAAGAGGACAUCAUAGACCUCAAGCAAAGUCUGACUCCUAUUGGGGAGCUGGUCCAACAAUUGCAGGCACAUUACUCUUCCCUUUUGCUGCGGGUGGAUACCCUGGAUGGAAAAGGUCAUCCAAAGAACCUGAACAUCAGGGGAGUUGCAGACACGGUUAUGGUGGAAGAAUUGCCCCACUUUAUUAGAUGGCUGAUGGCCACUCUAUUACCUGCAAAUCAAUUCAACAUAGAUGGUGUCUACCGCAUUGCAACGCUUUCCAAGGCACGGGCUACUGCCCCAAGAGACAUUUAUAUUGCUCUGUCAAACAAUCCAAGACAAGCAAAUCUUAUUGGGUCUCACAUCAUCACAUUCUGUAACAAUCUUCACUGCUCCACUUUAAUUUGGCGGACAUCAAUGCAACCAUCACAAAGAAAGCUCCAGGAAGCGAAAUUAGCAUACCGCUUGUCUGCUUCCAGGAGAACUUGUUUAAGGCUAUAAAUGUGGUGGAGGCCACCAAUCUUAUCUCAGCGCUUGGGGUGGGAAAUGCAACACAGGAGCAAUCAGGAAUUCCUCCCACUCGCACCUGGAAUGUGGCACACGAGACUACCUUCACCCCUAGACGCGGGCCAGACUCUGCCACUUAACUUUAUUUACUUUAUUUUAUACUCUGCUUUUCUUAUAAGUUUACGUUCUGUGUUACUCACAACCUUUACUUCAUAGGUGUCUUCAUUUAAGUUUAGAUGGUAUCUGUGCGGAUAUUACUUUUCAAUUGUUAGAUACUUUUCCAUAGAACAUUUUUUCCUCUGUCGUUUAGUUACUCGUAACUCCUUUCCCCACCCGAUACCCCCUUGGUUAGGGGUCAUGUUAUGCCUUGUUUAGUGAAUGAUCGCGUUCACUGGAUCUUGUGUUUUUUUUUUUUUUUUUUAAAUAAAUGUCUCAGUGGGGACUAAAACCGUGAUUUUGUUUGUUUUUGUGCGAAGAUGAUGGCUGCUUAAAUAAACCGGCGUCACUUUUGAUCAAUAUCAGGUCUCUCAAGUGCUCUCUUAUACGCUGAACUAUAACUUUUAGGUCGGAGAUAUUGCAGCAGGAGCAGUUAAGAGGAGAAACAUUAAGUGCGGAACCCUGGGUUAUAUGUGUGUGUGUGUGUGUGUGUGUGUAUAAUAUAUAUAUAUUUUCUUUAUAUUUUUUUGCACACAUUGUGUGUAUUGUCUGAUACCCUGCACAUCAUUUGGUGGCUGCACUUACUGCCAUCUUGAAGGUGGCAUAUAUAAUAAUCAAACAAGUAUAUCUUUAACUCUGUAUGUUUUCUGGCAAUUGUAUCAGCUCAAUAUGUGUAUACGUGACUUCAUAUUUUUGGAUGGCAGUCUUUUUUUACUGUGUUUAUACGCACUGCAUUCUGCUUCUGUGUUUCAAUUCAUUUAAAUGUAAACUUUUCAAAAGUUAAAUCAGAGGUAAGUUUUGAGUAAUGUUGGCAAACCCUGAAUUACGUAUUUUCCACUCCUAAGACUGAAGGAACGGGUCCACUACCUUCAAUGGAAAGGAGUAACUAAAUGGGGAGAAAGAAUCACACAAAUCCUUAUAAAAUAACCAGCUGAAUGGUUCAUUUAAAGGAGAACUGUCACCUCAACAUUAUCUUUUAAUAUGUUUCUUUCAUCAAGUUUUGAAAGGAAAUUGAUUAUUUGUUAAAUUAAGUAUAUGUUAAAAAUAAUGAAAACCCUAACGUUAAUAUAAGGCCUUUUCCUUCAGGCAUAUACAUGCAUCUUGGGUCAGACAGGGUUUGAUUUUGACAAUAGAUCUGAUGAUAUCCCUUUUACUGUCCUGGGAGUGAAGCAGGGAAGACCACAGAGACUAAUUUAUGGAGGUUUUCAGACUCUGUCUGACCCAAGGUGCAUGUAUAUAGCUGAAGGAUCCUGUUGCGUGUUUUUUAUUUUAUUUUUUGCAUCUACUUAAUUUAACAUUUCCUUUCAAAACAUCAUGAAAUGAUCAUUGUGUUAAAUAGUGUUGAGGUGACUGUUGUCCUUUAAGUAACAUGUACUGUUAAAUUUAGAGUUUAGAUUGGUGACAUCCAAUUGUAUUGUUUUCUAACAAAACUGAUUAAAGUUGAUACAUUUGCACUCUAUUUAGUGAACAAUUCAUUGCCCUGGAGAGACACUUUUAUUGUACAUUUCUUCUUUCUGUGGGAGGCUUUAUUUUUUGUUUUAAGAGUUUUGUUUGUAUGUGUGUUUUCUUUUCUAUUGCAGUAAGCGUAGAAAGGAGCUUGAGCCACCGUCUUCUCCUGAUUCUGCCAGUUCACAUGAAGAAAGGGAUAAUAAGAAGGAUAGAAAUGAAGAGUUUAAAGGUCCACAGGAGCCUAAAGAGUUUUCUGGAUUUGCUGGAGUGAAUAGAUCCAGAGGGACAUUUGUAAGUUAAUAUUAAGGAUUGGUGCCAAGUGUAAAAGUAUAUUUGAGAAAUUGGAGUAGUCAUAGUUCUGGCUUUGUUACCAUAAACCAAGUGGUGGUUUUUUUUAUCUUUACCGAGGAGGGGGUUUAAAUGUUACUUGUAAAUGGGGCAUACAUAUUUCGCAUUUCUAUUUAGUAAUGAGACAUUGAAGAGAUGUCUGCUACUGUUACUUACAAAGUUGUAAAAGCAGUCACCAUAGAAACCAAGGGAAUGCAUUUUUCACUAGCUUUUAUUGUUGUAGGUCUACUUUUAGAACUUUGCCCUACUUAGCAACAUUUUCAUAAGUCUACGUCAUUGUCUUGUCAUUGUACUUUGAUGGUACAUAAUAAGAGAUCUGUGCCACUUGUUUGACCUCCCUUGUUAUGUUUGUUGGCUUACCUGUGACAAUAACCUCUAAGUGUUUAGAUGUCCUUCUAGUCUAGAUCAUCUCCUGCUUGCUAUUUUUCCCUCUACCACCCCAUGCCCUUUUUGUCCUCAUUGUUAAUCUUGUGGCAGUUAUUUUGUUGAUUUGAUUGUUCACUCUGUGGUCAAGAGCAGUCUUCAUUUGUUGCUUCCUCUGUGUGUAUCACAUUUCCCCAUCAACCCUUUCAUUCCAAUAGUUUUCUUUGCUGUUAUAGUAUCAAUGUUGCUUCACCCCAUACAAAUUAUUUCAGUUGAUCUAUAUAUUAGAUUCCCUCCUAACCAUUUUUCUAAGGCUUUUUGCCUCCUCAACACUCAAUCACCCACUCUGGCCCCAGCUUUCCGUUACUAAUUUUGUUCUCAAGUAUUACCCAUCACUACAGAUGUUUUUUGACACCAAUUCAUGCAUUCGAUAGGUAUUGGUCUCAUAUAUAAUCUGUAUAUUUUUUUUUUCCACGCUUAAAUGUUUUUGCUCAAAUAUUUUGCAGAAUGCUGCACCAUUAUAAGGCUUUCUACUUGACCAUUGUCCUACCAUAGCAAAAAGACUUGUUGAUCAUUGUAUGAACACAGCUUAAAACCUAACUGCACUGAAUGAGCUGCUUUUAAUUCACAACCUGACUGCAGACAAUCAGAAAAAAUAGAAGCUGGUAGUGAAAUUAUUUCUAUAUGUCUCCCAGGGUGUCCUCACUUUAUGCAGAUUACCUUUUAGUUCAGGAAAUUUAGUGCUGUUAGUGGCUGAACUGUGUACAUAUAAUUGAUACGGAAGUUUUUUGUUUUUUUUUUACACUUUUUUUUUUUUUUCCUGAGUAAAAGCUAAGGAGGCAGUUUUGUGGUGUGCAAAAAUAGAGCAUACUAAAGAGGCAAAACAUUGUCAAAUGUAGUUAAUUUGUAUCAGAGUACCUUUAACCUCCCAAGUUCUGUUUCCAAACCCUUUCAUGGCAACAUUCCCCUAGUAAAUCUCUUUCACUUGUGAACUUUCACAUUAGACUGUUGGGCAAAGAAUUACAGGGGCGGAACCAAACUAACUUUAUUUGGUAUGCUGUAGGCACAGACCUACUGAGAGUUAUUUAAACUGAAGAGUACUGUUUGAUUUAGGCCUGAGUUUCCAAAUCAAAUUAUUGUUCAUGCUCUUAUAUUUUUAUUCAUUUUUUUUGUUCCCUUUGUACAGUACUACACUUCUUAGAGUUAUAUAUUCCAGGUUAUCUGUGACAGUCCAUUAUUGUCUUAAAGGGACAUUAUAGUCACCAAAACAACUUUAGCUUAAUAAAGCCAUUUUGGUGCAUAGGUCAUAUUCCUGCAGUGUCACUGCUAGAUUCUCUGCCAGUUAGAAGUUAAAUCAGUUUUGUUUUGUUUAUUCAUCCCUAGCCACACCUCCCUUGGCUGUGACCCACACAACCUGCCUUAAAACUAAAUGGUUUUUUUUUUCAAUCAGAUGUAACUUAUUUUAAAAGUUUUUAUCUUCUGCUCUGUAAAUUGAAUUUUAAAAACCUACAGGAGGCAUCUGUGGGUUCUACCAAGCUAUUAACAGAGCAGGAGAUAAAAAAAAAAAAAACUAAAUUAAACAGAAUUUACACUACAGGAAGUGUAUUCAUUAGAUGAUUCCUAUCGGGAAGUAUUUAUGAAGGCUGUGUAAGUCACAUGCAGAGAAGUGUGCCUAUAGCUGCAUCAACAAAAUGGAUUAACUCCUAAAUGGCAGAGAAUUGAAAAAUGAGACUUCAGGGGCAUGAGCUAUAUUAUUUUGGUGAUUAUGCUCCCUUUAAGCUUCAGUGUGCAAAAUAAAUGUUGGCCUCUGGUUUAGGUUUCAAGCACUUUUGACAAAGCAUCAUUUGAAAAUGGGAUACAUUUUCACUUUAUAUAUUCUCUGUUUUGCAAGUAUGAAGUAAAACAUAUGACAUUGCUUAAAAAAAAGUUGGACAUCAAACUUUCUGAGUUAACCUAAUAAAUAAGUAAAUGAAUGAUGAUAAAUGAAACAGUGUAUUUUCUCUUUUCUCCUAAACAAAUCAAAGAUCGGUAGUAAGCUCAGGCACUAGCAGAUCAGAUACAUCUUCAGUUUUUAAAUUUAAUUAUGUUGGAAUGCUAAAUAAAUUAAAUGAGAGGUCUUAAGUUGUAUUAUUUUUUUUGCUUGCACACUACAGGACACUGUUUUAAUUCCCUUUUGGUUGUCUAGUGGAAGUAACAAUUUUAGUAAUCUAUUUUAGUAUUUUAGGUACAUGCCAUUUUGGCCAAGUGCAUAUCUCGGCAAAGCCGCUUGAAAAUGCUAAUUUGGUCAUUGUGUCACAUUCUCUCUUUGACACCUUCUUUUCUGUUAAGUGGUUUAGUUAGGCUCUUUCUUUUUUUUUAAUUACGUGGUAAAAUGACCGUUUCUCACUGUGGGCAGCAAUGAGGAACUUCUUGUGAUCCAGUUCAAUAUGUAUGCAAAAUACUGUGGCAUGUAGGAUAUGUAUUUUAAAGUACAACCAUUAUUGAAUGGUUUUGUGGCAAAACUGAUGGUGGUAGUCCAAGCAAUUCAAAUGAAAACAGUAUGGAAGAGGAACUAUGGGAGAGUAAUUUAUAUUGUUCCCUGAUGCCCCUACCAACGCAUUUAAAAAACAGUUUAUUAGGAUUUUCUGAACAUAGUUACUGCCCGUUUCCAAGUUUGUAAUCCUGGCCCUGAUCCUGUUCAGUUUUACCUGUAUUAAUUUGCUUUAGUUAGAUUCAAUAAAAUUCUCUUUUCACGUAGCUUAUCUAGAAAUGAUUCACAGCCAUGAGAUGUUUUAUAUAGUAUGGUACCAAGACGCAUAGAAAUUAUUUUCACUCUAGGUAGAAAAUUCCUAAUACUCCUUUUGUUUUCCCUUACAUCUAAAAUCCAUACUUUUGAUUUGAGAAUUUGUCUUGAGCUGUCAGUAUGUCCUUGAUCAGGAUAUUGUCAAGGAAUAUUGCACCAGCUGACAUCAACCUAGCAUCAUUUUAAUGAUUACAAAUAGUAAAAUCUGUGUGCAUUAUGCCUUAUAUACCUUUUUUUUUAAAAACAUUUUUAGUGGGAUUGUGUAUCAUUAAAAAGAAAUUGUUUUUGAUAUAUUGAAUUGCAUUUUGAUAUAUGAAUUGCUUUCUUAAACAUGACCGGAUUAAUAAUCGGAGAGAAUAGACCAGAUAAUAUUUCUUUUCGUGUUCAAAGUGAUUCCUCCACCAACUAAAACAUUGUUUAGCAGUUUCGAAUUAGAGGCAGAGCCCGUGGACGAGGAGUGUUUGCUGGAACAAGUACUGGUCCUGUGAAUAUGUCCACAGCUUUUCAAAAGCGUCCUAAAGAAGAGGAGUGGGAUCCAGAAUAUACUCCUAAGAGCAAGAAAUAUUUUCUGGUGGGUGUUGAAGAGGUUUCUAUGCAUGAUCCAAUUGCUCACAAACAUGGAAUAUGUUUAUUAAAUUACAAUCAACCCCUUCAAUACCAUAAUAAGUAUAAACAUUUUUAUUUUCAUGUAUUUUGCGGCGUGAAAUUACUUCAUAAAACCUCACUCACCCUCAUUUAUACUCUGAUUGCCAGCCUAUAGAUGAAAACAUUUCUCUGCCAUGAGCCACGAGUCACUGAUAUAGUGAAUCUAAAGUUGCUUGAAAUAUAAGCUUACCUCCUGCUUUUUUAAAUAGUACAAGACGUUUCACUGGAUUAUAACAUUCUUAAGUCAUGGAGUGGGAGGAGUGAGUUGACUCUACCAUUUCAAUGUCAGCAAUACAUUUGCAGUCCAGAGAUUGAUAAAAAAAAAUUGCUAUAGCAGUUUAGCAUAGUACCUUUUAUUUUAGAAAUAGAGGAUUUAACUGUAUUUUCUGUAUGUGGAUGUUACGCUCAAAUGUCUGUUUAGUCUGUUGCUUUUACAGACAAAAACCAAUCCUGGUCAUAAUCUAUUCAGAUCGCACCACUUGUGUGGUACGAUCGCUGCAAUCUGAAUAAAUUCUGACUGGGAUUUUGGCAGGCUUGGGUGUUCCAAGCCUCUAUUUUUGAUGUUUGCUGGGAUCACUUUGCAUGAUGUACAUGGUGGGAGAACUAUUUCGAUCUGUCUAUAGGUGCGAUUGUGUGCUUAAGGGCAUUACACAUUGACUAAAUGUUUUUUCUGUGUCCUUCAUUAAACUUGCAGCAAUGUGGUGGUGCAUCAGAAAUUCUUGUUGCACUUGUUCUGAUUGUUUUUUUUUUUUGUUUGUUUGUUUGUUUUUUUUGUCUGUUGUAUAUAACACUACUUAGGAGCCAAUGUGGUUUUUGAACUACCUGCACAAAAUUAAAAUUGUUUGAAUUUUUUUUUUUUUUUUUUUAAACUGGUACUGUGGUAUCCCCCAUUUUAUAGUGAUUUUAAGUAAGUUAAACUGCUAGUAAUGCCUCCAGUGUCCUAACCUAUCAGCAAGGUGUUUGACCAUUUUUUAAUUUAUUUUAUUACUUAAAUUAAUAUAUAUAAUUUUAAUAUGUGUAAUAAUUGCAUUUUUGCUUUUAUACUAAUAUUUCAGACUCUUUGAAAUAUUGCAAGACAAAGGACACUGUAUAUUGUCUGAAGCUUUUAAGAUUUUAAAUAUUUUUAUAGAGGAUGAACGAAUAAGUGAAAAUGUGUAAAUUUACAUAUGUAAAAAAUUUUACGUUUGCAAAGCAGUCUAUACUUAAAAUAGUUGUAUGUUUGUUAGCUAUGCAUCCCUUGCUUCAAAUAAAUCUUAUUCUAAUAGUUUGUCAAUAAAAAAGUUUUCGGUAGUGAAAAGGUUGAAGGUUUUUUUUUUUUUAAAUUCCCUUUUCUCAAAGACCGUAAGAGGCAAGUGGUAGCUUAUAUGAAAUUGCAAGGUACGAAAGACUCACUAAAACUCGUCUUUUUGCCAUUGGAUGCAUACCAUAAAGAUGUUACUAGUUUGUCUUAUGUAUAUGAAUUUUUUUUUUUAUUAUUUCAGUGAAAGUUUUACAAAAAGUGUAUGAGAUUUUUUUUUUUUUUUUUGUAAAGAUUCUAUGAUAGCAAAAACUCAUGUGGCAGUGCUGCUUUAAGAUUUGUGUUUAAGUAAAAUGUCUAGAAGCUGGGCAAGAUGAGAUGUCUCACGUCCAUAAGACAGCACAUUAACAAGGAAACCUGUACUUCAGAAAUGGGCACAUGAGUAAAACGGGUAUGUUAAAUGUCAAUAGACAAAAAAGGGUACUUGAAAUGCAGUUAUAAAAGGGUAGUACUUUGGAAAUAAAAUAUUACCUGUUUAUUUGCAAGCCAAGCCUUAUUAAUGGUGACAAUAUAGGUUAUUCAAACUCUCACGGCUUAAGUUGACACCCCACAACUUUAAUCAUUUGAUUAUGGAGACAAUGCAUUCUAAAAUGAAAGCUGCUCAGCUCUGUUUGUUCCCAGUUUCUGCUGGGACCAGUAAGGGGCUGAGUUUUCUUGACCAAUACUGGUCCUGCUACUGUUUUCAUUGGGAGUGCUUGGAAUAAACCCUUGUGGUAAGUCAAUCUCGUGGGGUACAUUUUAUUUCAAAGUAUUGUGUAUAAAAAUUUGCUUUGAACAUUUUUAUGAAAUUCUUUUUGAUGCUACAAUUACAGCUACAAACCUGUAUUAUGGUGAAAACCCAGACUAGCACUCAUUCAGUGACAUUUUUCUUCUUUUUGUGACCUUAUUUGUAUUUUCCCAUGUGGUUAAAGGAUUUUCCUCACAUUGUAGCUAUGGGUUUGUAGAAGUGGAGUUAUCUGGAUUUUGCUGUGUUGUUUUAGCAUGAUGACAGAGAUGAUGGAGUUGAUUACUGGGCAAAAAGAGCAAGAGGCCGUGGCAACUUUCAACGUGACAGGGGUCGCUUUACAUUUAAAAAAUCUGGGAGCAGCCCAAAAUGGACUCAUGAUAAAUACCAAGGCGAUGGCAUACUAGAGGAUGAAGAAGAAGUAUUGGAAGAUAGACACAAAGAUGAAUAGGUAUAUUAUGUUGGACUGUUUUUCAAUUAUUUAACAGCUAUCUACAUUUACAGAUUGAUUUUAUUUAUUUAUUUUUUUUUUUAAAUCCCAGCAAUUAACCCCUUAAGGACCAAACUUCUGGAAUAAAAGGGAAUCAUGACAUGUCACACAUGUCAUGUGUCUUUAAGGGGUUAAAGCAACUUAUGAUUUCACUGCUGUGCAAUAAAAUGAAGGGAAAUGCUAAGCUAGAAUAUAGUUUUAGUUCUCAUGAACCUGUGCUUUCACUUUUAAGUUUUAUUUUUUAGUUUGUGUGCAAGUUUUGUGGGAUGUAACCUCUUAUAUACAUUUGUAAACUGACAUUUUUUUUUGUUUUAAAUUGUUAAAUAUGAGUGUAUAUUUCUAUAUAAUUUUGUAAUACAGACAUUUUAGUAAAUUGUGAUUUAUUUUUGUGCAUCUACUGACUUAUAAAUGUUCCAUUAUGGGCACCCACAUGUAAGUGGUCUUUAGUUUGAAAUACUGCUUCUUAAUUUUGAAGAUCUUGGUGCAUUUUUUGUUUAAUCCUGUUGUCACGCAGAAGCACCGAGCUUUCGAAAACAGCAGUGGUGCUUGCAAUCAAAGAUGACUUAUAGGUGCUCCAGUGGAGAAAGAGAUGCAACAAAAAGGACAUUUUAUUGUUUUAUUGUUUAUUGAAAACUGAUCUGUCAUGGUUUUUGCAUGAACAUCCUCUUAAUUAUACUAGUAUGUUGUGAGGGAUCCAGAGCUGCUCUAUUGUUUUUCAUUGUUGCUGCAUAAAAUGUUGACUCUAUAUGAAUAUGGUAUUAAAAACACGAAACAUGGCUUUAUAACAUUAUCUUCCUUUUGGCAGGGCUGAUUUGAAAAGAAGAAAGAAAUUAAAAUUAACUUUUUUAAUGAGAUCCACUAAUUGAAUGUAAGAAUUUGAUUUUAAUUCUACCCGAUAGUUUAAAUUUUGAUGGACUGUAACUUAGUUUUAAAGACUGUCAGCAUAAUAUUCUACCAUCGCCUCUGCUGAAGAAAAGAACAGAACGUGUCUUCUGGCCAUUGGAAAACCAUCAACUUUUAAAAACCUGCUUUUUAAGAGUUCCAUUUCACGUAUUUCUGCCAGAUGUGUGGUAAUGAUUGUGAAUGUCCUUUUUAUUUUUUCUGUGAAUCCUGUCAUAAAGUAAACAUUUGUUCUGUUGGUAAAUUUAAGUUUAUAACAAAAUGUUAUGGAUAAUAUAUUUCCUAAACGGAUGUGUAUGUGUCUCUUUUUAUGAAAUCUUGAUUGCAGAGGUGUAAUACUAGUGUUUUAUAUAAUGCUUAUUGUAUUUAAUGUGACAUAAGUAAUCAACAUUAGAAAUUAAGCUUGUAUUCACUGAUAUCUUACCCAUAGUAAAUGAUUUGUCUUCUACCCAACAGCACUGACAUUUAGUAAAGAGGCAAGAAACUUAAAGGACCACUAUAGUGCCAGGAAAACACUCGUUUUCAUGGUACUAUAGUGCCCUGAGGGAGCCCCACCCUCAGGGACCCCCUCCCGCCGGGCUCUGGGGAGAGGAAGGGGUUAAACUUACCUCUUUCUCCAGUGCUGGGCUGGGAGCUCUCCGCCUCUUCGGCUGAAUGCGCAUGCACGGCAGGAGCUUCGCGCACAUUCAGCCAGUCUCAUAGGAAAGCAUUCAUAAUGCUUUCCUAUGGACGCUUGCGUCUUCUCACUGUGAUUUUCAGUGAGAAGCACGCAAACGCCUCUAGUGGCUGUCAAUGAGACAGCCACUAGAGGCCUUAGAGGCUGGAUUAACCUAUUUAUAAA